AUGGAUAACACAGAUGAAUAUUUGCUUAACUUUAAAGGAUAUAAUUUUGAGAAAUUGAUUACAGAUGUUGAACAUUUAGAAAUGAUGGAAGAUUUUGAAAUUAGAGAUGAUGAUGUCUUCUUAGUAACCUAUCCAAAAUCUGGUACCAUCUGGACCCAGCAGAUUCUCAGCCUGAUUUAUUUUGACGGUCACCGGAAUAGUACUGAAAACAUCGAAACAAUGGACAGAGUACCAUUCUUUGAGUACAAUAUACAUAAUUUAGACUAUGUCAAUAUGCCGUCACCUCGUAUCUUCGCUUCCCACCUUCCAUAUUACUUAGUGCCCAAAGGUCUCAAGAAUAAAAAGACUAAAAUUCUUUAUAUUUAUAGAAAUCCCAAAGAUGUUUUGAUCUCAUUUUUUCAUUUCUCAAAUUGGGUGGCUACUCUAGAAGCUACAGAAACCAUAGAACAUUAUCUGGAAAAAUUUCUAGAUGGAAAAGUUGUAGGAAGCCGUUGGUUUGAUCACAUUAGAGGCUGGUAUGAACACAGACAUGAUUUCAGUAUAAUGUUCCUGAGCUAUGAAGAUAUGAAGAAGGACCUCAGAGGCUCAGUGCUUAAAAUCUGCAGUUUUCUGGAGAAAGAAUUGAGUGAAGAAGAUGUGGAUGCUGUUGUGAGACAAGCUACAUUUCAGAACAUGAAAUCUGAUCCACGAGCAAAUUAUGGUAAUAUUAUAAACAAGGAAAUUGGGGCAAGAAGCAAUGGCUAUUUCCUGCGCAAAGGUACCAUUGGAGACUGGAAGCAUCAUCUGACAGUUAAGCAGAAUGAACGAUUUGAUAUGAUAUUCAAGAAGAACAUGAAAAACUUUCCCUUGGAGUUUGUCUGGGAUAUAAAUGAAGACUAG